AUGACAGCAACUGGCACUACUAAACCAGCCCUGAUUGUGGUUGAUAUGCAAGAAGACUUCUGUCCUCCAAAUGGGUCUCUCGCAGUACAGGAUGGCCGCAGCAUCGCCUCAGUAAUAAAUCGUCUACUAGCAAAACCUGGAUUCGCGACUCGCGUUUUCACCAAAGACUACCACCCAGCAAACCACAUAUCCUUUGCUACCAACCAUCCCGGUCCUGAAAACAAGCCAUUCGAAUCAUGUAUCGAAAUGAAGAAUCCCGCGUCGGGCAAGGGAUCAGAGACAAAAGCACAGCGUCUCUGGCCGGUUCAUUGUGUGACCGGAACUGCCGGAGCCGCCAUUAUUCCUGAGAUGAACAUAUCGAGCACCGAUCUGGUCGUGCAUAAAGGCAUGCGCUUCGAUGUUGAAAUGUACUCCGUCUUUGCAGAUGCCUUUGGGAACUGUGACCCAGGAACAAAUUCGCAUUCGGUCAGUGUGGAUGUUGCGGCAGUGCUCACUCAACAAGGCAUCACAGAUGUGUUUGUUGUUGGGCUGGCGGGAGAUUAUUGUGUCAAGGAUACUGCGAUAGACGCCGCCAAAGCUGGAUUCAAAUCCUAUAUUGUCGAGGAGGGAACCAAGUGUGUUGAUCCUGCUGGCUGGGAUGACGUCAAAAAGGAACUCAUCACCGCAGGCGUUCGUUUGGUUUCUAUUGACGAUCCUAUUGUCGAGGGAGUGUGA